GCCGUCUAAAAUCCGCCGUCUUGGGAUGGCCGAGGGUGGCGCUGGCUGUGGCUCUCGUCACCUCGAACCACUCUCAAUGGCGCCUUUAUUUCUUAUUUACUAAUCUCACUCCACACUUCAAUAACACGCAAGAAAUGGAAACGGAGUAUAUUUAUGAAGCGGAUCUCAACACUUUUGGGCAAGGGGGAGAUGGAGCAGAAGAGGUUCAAGGCCAGAGUAGUGAUGUUGACUCUGUGACUGCGGCCGCAGUUGCAGGUAUUGCAGAGGAGCAAGACAUGUCUGCAGGGGUUGAAGGUACAAUGGAUGUCGACAGUUCAGAGAUUAUCGCGGCCGGUGUAGUCGACGGUGGGAUGAUAAGUACGGAUCAUAUCUCUUUAAUGGGCCCACCUCACACUGCACAUCCAGAAGUAGAAAUAUCGACGGAAGAUCAACUUCGAAGCGUGGAGAGGCUAGACAGAUCGUCACCGGAUUUAUGGCCGCAAAAUUUACCCACAGCUGCCCAACAUAUUAUUGCUAAAAACUCCCUAAAAUCUGGAGAGUCUGAGCAACCACUAGGAAUAUGGGCCCAGGGUUUAGAUCCCGAAGAUAUCAACCUCCUCCAUCAAUUUGGUAGUUUAACCUCAUCGAGUUUGGUAGAAGAAGUAAAAAAGCUGCAAAACAUUGCUUAUCAGCUAGGCCUUGAAGAAGGUAAGGAAAUGACCCGUGGAAAGCUACUCCACGUAUUAGAUGAAAACGAUAUCCUCACCAGUGCAAGUGAACAAGCCAAAUAUCUUCAAAGCCUAUGGAAAUAGAUGUUAUAAUGUGGAUUUAUACAUAUGAGUUUGUAAUUAAGUUCUCGUAUAAAGUUUUAUUCUUCGUUACAAUACUGUAGAUCCAGUUUUUAAGUAAUCUUAUUUCAGAUAUUAUGAUUUAUACAUCUGUUAAAAUCUACUGUUUAUACACUUCAUGGCUGUUCAGUCAGUCGUAUUAAUAAUAGAUUAAAUCAGGAAAUUGUGGCUUGACCGGCUUUUGUCGUCGUCACAUCAGGGAGAGUUGUUGUGUCGGAAAACCAAAUCAGGAAUCCUGAGUGCCGUGAUGCUAAUGUCGAUGAUGAUCACAAAUAAAACUACUGCAAUAGUUGCAGUGACGAUGACGAAAAA